AUGGCUGAGCCAACGGCAGUCCUGGCACUGCAGCCCAUUCCCAUUCUCAAAGGAGAAAUCAACCUCAAGCAAUGGAAACGCGCAGUGCGUCAGCAUGCCACAUAUUUUGGUAUCCUCGAACACAUACAAACCAACUUGGUCCUGGCAGAGGAUGCUACAAACCUUCAAAGGGUCACAUUCACGAGAUCCAGAGUCCACGCCCACAUGUUGUUGACGUCAACAAUCGGUCCAGUUGAGGCCCAACUGGAAGCUGCAGGCUGGGAUGAUGAGGAUGACAGCCCUCACACCCUCUGGAAUCUCAUUAUCAAGAAUAUUCCCAAAGUCUCUGAGAAUUCAGUACCCCAAUUAUUCUGCCAGUUCAUGAAUCUCAAGCUGGAACAGGGCAUGCUGUUGAGAGAUUUCAAUGCCAAAUUUCAUCGGUUUUCAAACCGCCUUGCAGAACUCGACCUUGUCAUGCCAGAGAAAGCGAAAAUCCUCAUGAUCCUUGAGGCUGUCAAGACCCGCUACCCUGAGUGGCAUAGAUUCCUUGAAAGAGACUACGAGAAAGGAGUCCUCACAUGGAAAUCCCUGGAGGAUGAGCUCAAUCGUAAAUCCAACAACGAGGAAGCUGACCCUGGAUCGGCAUUCCUUGUUGCCCCCAAGUCCAACAGGAAUUCUGCUAGCAAUAACAGCAAGUCUAGUAGUUCGUCAGGAAGUCCCCAGCAUAGCUCUGGAAGCAUACAAAAGCCUGAGAACCCCAUGAUCGAUUACAAUAUUGAAGGUUGCUACGCUCGCCAUCGCUGGAUCAUCAACCGAGUCCAGAUGGGAUACUUCACGAUUGUUCAGGUGGGUACGAAUGACAUGAUUGCAGAUGGUUUGACGAAGCCGUUGAACAAGGAGAAGCAUCAGGCAUUCCUUAGACAGCUUGGAUUGGGUUACUGCCAAUGGUAG